UAUACAUUUAUAGUAGUCAUUAAAACAAUUAUAAUAUGAAAAUUAAGUCAAUACUAAUAUUUAAUGUUACAGAUAACAUAAAUGUCUCAUUGUAUGCUCAUUGAAAUUUAUUAUCGUCAUUGCCCUGAAAUGAACAAAUGUAUUAUCUUCUUAUACAUCUGAUCGAAAUCGAUGACGAUCUACUUGUGAGAGAGAGGCAAACCGUUAAUGACAAAUAACAACUACGCAGUAAUUCCGAAUAGCACAUAGUCUUAAGUCGGCGACGCAGCGUAAACAUUUGCUGGGCGUUGCUUUGUGGAAUUAGGUUCACCUUCCGUGGACCUUAAUUCCUUAAUUUGCCUAAUCGCAAGUUAUUAAGAAUACCACGCUGUGACAGCGCCAGUAAGAAUAGGACUGGUAUUCUAGAUUCAUACGUGCGCGAAUGUGACCGCGUAUGUGCGUGCGCAUAUAUGUGUGUGUUUGUGUGUCAUAUUUUUAUCUAUCUCAGUGUCGAGUAUAUUAUAAGGUGAUAUCUCGCCGCACAAACUACAGCCGAAGAAAUUGAUUGAGGAGAUUUCUGAAAAUCGAUUGAACGAAGGUGGUCUCCGUGCUGACAGGCUAUCAUGACUACUCGUCCUCCAUUCUUACUCUUGCACAUAUUAAUCAUUUUCGUUCUUUUAAGUCUGACGUUUGCUUAUGAUACUGUUGACUGGAAUAAAAAAAAGAAUUCGAUCGACGUUUCCACGCGAUAUCGACUACCCAAGAAAAUCGUUCCCGUAUCAUACAACCUGUCGAUUUACACACAUCCCAUCGACGCGAAUUACAACGGUCACGUACGGAUAAUCUUGCAAGUACUCGAAAGAACGGAUUCCAUCGUGUUGCACACGGAUGCGUUAACAAUACAGAGAAAUGCAUCUCUAUCGAAUGAAUGGGGUCGAUUGAUUCGGAUUUCGCGUUACAUUCAUGACGAUAAAGCACAAAUGCUUACGAUUAAACUCGAGCGUGUACUAAAACCUGCGAAAUAUACGUUAGAAGUAUCUUUCAAAGGAUGCAUCGCAAAUGAUGUAUUUGGCUUUUACUCAAGUCUAUACAAAGUUGAUGGAAAAUUGAGACGAAUUGCCGUAACUCAAUUUUCACCCACGUAUGCACGUCGUGCAUUUCCUUGUAUGGACGAGCCAUAUUUAAAGGCGGAAUUCCAAUUGCACAUUGGCCAUCAUAAAGAUCAAAAAGCGACGAGUAAUACUCCAGUCCAGUUUUUACAAAGAAAAAAUGAUACCUACUAUGUGACCACAUUCCGCCGCACGCCGCGAAUAUCCACGUACUUGGUAGGAUGGACAGUGCACAACUUUGUACCAGAACGAUCAAGAAGUUCAGGGGAUUUCAAGAUGUGGACCAGAGACUCCAUGAAGUUCCGCGGAUCGGCGGCCUUGAACCGCGGUCGAGCGGUCUAUUCGGCGUUGCAGACGUGGUUAUUGGUGAAAAGCCCACUCGUGAAGAUCGAUCAGUUCGCAAUACCGGAUUUCAAUUUCCACGCGAUGGAGAACUGGGGUCUCAUCACUUACAGAGAAUCCGUAGUGUUGCACGAGAACGGGACCCCGACAAGAAAAACGGUGGACGGACUGUCAACGAUGGCACACGAAUAUGCUCACAGUUGGUUUGGCAAUUUGGUGACACCCGAAUUCUGGGACGUCGUUUGGUUGAAGGAAGGCUUCGCCACGUUUUUCCAAUACUUCGGUGUGUCCUUAACGGAACCAAAUCUGAGAAUGAUGAAUUUAUUCGUGGUAGAUUGUUUGCAGCCAACACUGCUCGCAGAUUCCGACAAUCAUACACGCACAUUGAAUGGUCAAGACGUCGGAAACCGUAGCAGCAUUAUGAAUGCAUUGGAUUUUGUCUCUUAUAAUAAAGGUGCAUCCGUAAUUCGCAUGAUCAAUUAUACUAUUGGAAACAAAGCUUUCCAAUUGGGAUUACAAAAUUAUUUGCGCGACAUGUCGUAUCAAGCGGCCACUCCGACUGACUUAUAUCGACACUUGCAGACUGCAUUAGAUAGAACAGGACAAAUUCGUGAACACAUAUUUGUAAAAGAGGUCGUAGAAUCUUGGGCGAACCAGCCAGGAUAUCCUUUAGUGACUAUUACACGAAAUUACAAGACAAAGGUAGUUUUUGCCUCGCAAGAACGAUUUUAUCUCAACCGUCAAGCAGCAAAAAUUGAUUUCGAAAAGUCGAGUUGGUGGAUACCAUUAACCUUCGUUACCGAAGAAUCAAAGUCCGCAUUGGACCAAACAGCACCGGCUGCCUGGUUAAAGCCAAAGCCAAAGACAAACAGCACGAUAGUUGGCAUUGUCAAGCCAAACUCCUGGGUGAUUUUCAACGUUCAGCAAGUUGGAUAUUACAGAGUCAACUAUGAUAAGAGUAAUUGGAAAAUGCUUAUCCGCCACUUGAAGUUGAGGAAUUUAAAAAAGAUACAUGUGCUGAACAGAGCUGCACUUCUAGAUGACGCUUUUAAUUUAGCCAGAGCUGGUUACGUGAAUUAUACUCUUCCAUUUGAUCUCGCAACGUACCUCGUUCGCGAAACCGAAUAUGAACCGUGGGUCGCUGCAAUAAAUAACUUUAAUUUUCUAAAUCGUGUUUUAGCCUAUUCACCGCGAGUACAACAACUCUUUCAGAACUACGCAAAUCACUUACUUAAACCGAUAUAUAAACUAUUGAGCUUUAAGGAAAGUCUUAUGGACAGUUCGAUAACGAAGUUGCAUCGCGAACUGAUCUUAUCUACUGCAUGCUCGGUGAACAAUAUCCACUGCUUAAAGACAUCGGAAACUUUAUUUAAAUCCUGGCUCUGGUCUGAGACAAGCACGGUACCAAGAAAUCUAAAGAGUUUCGUGUAUUGCGUGGGCAUUCGCUCAGGUAACUAUAAUGAUUGGAACACAGUUUGGAGCAGAUUUCUACGCACUGACUUACAUACAGAACAGGAGCUCUUACUAAGUGCACUCGGAUGUACUAAAACUCCUCGUUUAAUCGACAGAUAUCUCAAUGUAUCUAUAACAUAUGAACUACUUCGCAAGCAGUACAGAAUGACAAUAGUUAACGCCGUUUUGAACGGCAAUUCCGAAAAUGUUAAUUAUGUCAUUGAUUUUAUUCGCAAUAAUUUGCAUACAAUACUUAAAACAAGAGGAGUAGACUUUUUAACUAAAAUGCUUACUGCUAUAGGCGAUACAAUUAUUACGGAAACCCAAUUAAAUAAGCUUCGCUCAUUUGUUCAUGAGUACAUCGAAAACCUAGGAUCAGCAUCGAAUGCAGCGAGAAAAGCUGUAACCACUUCUACUUCUACCGUAGCAUGGAUCAAUAAAUACUUACCUAUAAUCGAAAAAGCAUUGUUAUUUAACUAAUUAUUUAAAGAUAUAUAUUAAUAUAUUUUAUAAUAAUGCGUUAUUCAAUUAAUACUAAAAAUAUUCCAAUAUAUUGUAUUGUUUUUGUAAUUGAAUGUAC